CUGGCGAUCCAACGGCUGGGAUCCACUGGAGCGUGUUUGUUGGGAAGUGGGUCCGUUUGUACACACCACAUUGUGGCCAGAGGGCGUGGUUUUGUUGUUCGAGAAGACCUUUCCCUUCUUCUUCUUCUUCGUCUUCCUCCUUGGCGAGAACCAAAAGCGAGAGACAAACAAGAAAAGGAGCGAGUGAGGGAGAUCGAUCUCGGCGAGUCUUGGUUGAGUGGUCCACUCAUUCUACGCAUCCAUCCAUUCCAAUCGAUCCAAGCUUGAAGCUUACGAGCUUUGAUUCUAUGUAGAUCGCUUUGGAAGCGAACAAGUAGUGGUCUUUGGAACAAACUCUCCCAGAUCCUUGAAAAGCGGCGGUAUCUCUAAGGUGUGAACUCGAUUUCUCAAGCAGGGUGGUGGUCUUGGCGAGCGAGCGAUCGAUCGCUCGAUAGGAUAGACAGGGAUAGGCACACAAUGCAGCCAAAAAUCUCGAUCUGGUUCGUGUUUCCAGCGGCGGUGGCGCUGCUCUUGUGCUCUAGCUCCACUCUGGUGGCCGCUGGGGACGAUGGCGGCGGCGAUAACGAUCAAGCGGCGCCGCCGGACGCCAAGGGGCUGCGAAAGGUGAUGGUUUCCAGCAGCGUGGCCAUCUCCAAGCUGCGAAUCACAGUGAAGAAAUACCAGCGCGACGACCACCUCAGCGAUUCCAAGACCCAAGCGCUCCUCUCGGAUUGCAUGGAUCUCACGGAGGACUCCAAGGAGGUGCUGGACGAUUCCAUGACCAUUCUCGUCAAGCUCCACGGCGCCAAGAACAAGAGCGGCAAUGAGAGUAGCAGCGGAAGCGGCAGCGGCGCGGAGGAGGAGGAGAUGGAGCUACUGCGCACGAAUCUCAGCGCGGCGCUCACCGACAUCACGACGUGCACGGAUGGAUUGCACGACGAGAUCACCGACGAGUCGGCGCAGACCAAGAAGGCGGUGGUGCGCAUCGAUCGCCAGGCCGCCAAGGUGUCGGAGCUGCUGUCCAAGGCGCUCAAUCUCACCGCCUCGAUCGAUGCCAAGAACUGAUCCAUCCAAUCCAAUCUCAAAUGCAUUGGCGAGUGGGAAGAUCAUCGUUGUUGGAUAGGAAACUUAGAUGAAUACAAAGAAGUUAUAGUCUAUGUGUGGUGUGAAUGGAAAGAAUCGAGGAUUGUGUCAAAGAAUAAAAAACGAGCGAUCCACUCCAGUAAGACGAUAGUUUUUGGACAA